AUGGAAGAUUGGGAAAGGGACAUUGUUCACCCGAUCGGUUUUUACGAGUAUGACAGAGAGAAGUCAGCAAAUGACAAAUUUAUAUGGGAAAGGAGAGAAGAAGACAAAGAAAAAGCAAUGGUUGAAUUGGACAAGUAUUCCGAAGAAAUGGCAAAAAUCUACAAAGAGGUCGAAAAACAUUUAAGAAGAAAUUUAGGUAUCAUGGGGGCCAGAGACCUCCAGUCACUCCUUUAUUUAACCCUACCAUUUAUGAAAUCUUUUAUUGAAGAAACUUUGGGCAUGAUAGAUUCUUUUCCCAUUUUUUACUAUAUGAAACAAAAGAAUUUUAUCACCAUACUGGACUUGGAAGACGAAGGUUUUGCAAUACUUUUAAAUAGUUACGAGCAUUACCCACUUCAACUUAAACGAUUCUCAGUUGGAGAUUAUUAA